UCUCUUGUGCGUUACGGAGAGUUCGGUUUUUAUCCUGUAUCAAUAGUAACUCGAUUGUUUUUAGAGUACCUUUAUUUCAGAUCCUUUUACGAGUUUCUAUUUUGAGUGACUUAGGGAUUUGCGUGACCUAUAUCGAUCAAGAAGAGUGAUAUGCUUUCUCGGAAACAUUGCGCAGUCGAUUCCAUCUGAUGCGAAGUGAUAAAUGUUGUUAAGUUCUCUGCUAAAGUUACAUUUAAAACGAAAGAAACUGCGCCAGAGAAAAGAUGUCGCAGUCAAAAAGGCGAGUUCAUCUGUUCAACUGUGAUAACACAUGCAAACUGGAGCCUGUUGAGAAACUGCUGGAGAAAUGUAGCAUCCAUGUUGAGUGUGUUGAGAAGCACUCAUUCAGACUUACUCAAAUGUCGGAAAUGGUCGACAAAAUUCCAACCUUAGAGAUGAAUAUGGCCUUUUUCGUGGUUCAUGCGCAUGAAUCUCGACUCUCGAUCAACGAAGACAAUGCUGGCAUUGGUUACGCCAAGAUAUACAGAGCUUUACUAAGAGCAACGGGGGGGGAUGUCAUCAUUGUUAUCGGUGGAGAUGACAGCUACAAAGGCGACGACGAAGAAAAUCGAGAGGUUAUUUCCCGUUGGGCAAAAAAGAAAGUUACAUCACAGUUCGACGAUGAGUAUCUUGAUGGUAGAAAGAGCUUUAUCUUUUCUUGGAACAAACAACAUCGAGAGAUUCACGAACAGGCACUGCUGCAUCACUUUGACCCAAACAAGAAAGGAAAAAUGUUUGAAUACCAGCCACCUCGGCGAAAAGAACCACCCAAGGCAGCAACGCCACCGGCAGCAAGAUCGAAACAGGUAGCACCUCAGCUUCUCAGAUGUUAUUCCGAGUCAACAAAAACACAAUUUAAACCAAAGCAGAAAGAGAAAACAAAGCAGAAAGAAAAACCAACCAGUUUCCAGCAUCAUCCAGAAGCUGUAGUUGGAGCAGGUCAGGCUAAAGAUGAGAAGGCUUUUACGUAUCUUCUCGACAGUACAACUGAAAGCAGCAGCAUUUGGAGGGACCAGGAAAACAGAUCAACCACCAGUAAACAAGGAGCUUGGUCUAACGAAAUUGUCCAUCAAAGCAGUGGAAAAACGAGAGAUUUGGCAGUUCUGGGCUGCAAUCUGUCACAAGCGUCCGUGAAAGAUGUUCAAGAAGUUUUAAAAAAGGUUCAUCCCAUCUUUAACUUGUCUGAAGAACCUACUUUUCACAACCUUCAAACCACCGAGGUUAAAGAAUUUUUGAGGGAUAAUCGCUUCAGAUCCUCUGUGUUGGUGGUGGAGGGUUAUAAAGUGGUGUAUGGUUAUGACAAUCAAGAGUUACUACAACUUGUAAAAGCUUCAGUGGAGAGAGUCGUUGAAAAAGUCAUUAUCUUGGUUUGCAAUGUACCGUCAACAUCGGCCAAUGGUACAUACAAUCACUUCAUUCAGCGAGUUAAUGAAAUAGAGAAAACUUUUGUUGUGGAGGUAAAUAAUGGAAAGCUGGCUUUGGAUCCAGAAGUUUUGUACCAAGUUUUGAGUCCUUCACUGGUAUUUUCUGCACAAAAUACACAGUUUAUCUCUCAAGAACGGGAUGUAAACGCUGAGUCAUUGUCCCCUGAUUCAUAUCACUAUCCGCAUAAGAAUUUCUCAGAGGGAAAAAGCGUUGUUGAGAAGGGAGCUCAAAAUUAUCAGCAGCUGGUCUGGGCGUCACAAUUCCAGGCUGAACCCCCUCCAGUUGUUGUUCUAAGAAGUUUCGUUCGUAGAGGGAAGAUAUCUCGUCUCCCGGAUGACCUUCAAGUAGAGGACCCAGACUUUACAGUUCCAUAUGACAUCGAAAGGAGCCUGUCUGACAAGUACGCUCGCUGCCUCUCUAUUGGAGUAAGAAUCAUCAAGUUCCGUGAUGGUCAACUUCGCUGCUGUCUUGAUCCAAAUUUGAAACAAUUCAAGCUGGACGGGGAAGUAAAUCUUAAUGGACAACUCGUAUUAAAAACUCGUGUUAUAGAAGGAAAGGUAUCCUUUGAAGACGAAAAUGUACACUAUAAAAGAGGAAAUCUGCUUAUCCCUGAACACAUCUUUGAUGAUCUACUACAGAGGAAGGCUAAUGGUGACUUAUACAUCCUUUUAAAUUACUUACACGAGUUUGAAUCUGUUGUAAAAACCAGUGGAAUAUUGGGUCAAGCUACUAAUUUUGUCAGAUCAAAGGGAAAAGCAAUAGCCAAAAGUAGUCGUUCUCUUUUCUUAAAGGACAAAGAAAAUUGUUAAAAAGCUGGCUCCGAAUAAGAAACAGGCAGUCAAGUGCCGAUGUCCGUAGAAAUAUCAGUAACCACGGCUGCCAGGAUCAAAUUUGAUGUGUUCGUUGUGCGGUUUGUAAAAGGAGACUGACCAUUACUUGGAUUUAAUGAUAGGGUAGUUAGCUGCUUCUCAAAACAAUAUAAACUUUGAAGACACUUUGGUACAGUUUAGUACAGAAAUUUGUUUAUUCCUCGACAGUGUCCUGUACAUCGUUUCAGACGGGCUGAGCGAAUUUAUAUGUAUAGUGCAAAGAGAGGGUUUAAUUUAUUUUCUCCAAAGACAUUUUAAGUUAAUGACUGAAAUUUUUUUUUAUCUCUGUUUACAAGCCAAUGCAGAAAUGAAAUUGCAGCCUUGAAAUGAGUGUCAGUUAGAGCUGAUGUUCGCAAGACAUAACCGUAGUUAUUAGCAAAAAAUCUGAUUUUAGAACUUUUUGCGAUUUUUAUUAAUGUAGGUGUAACAUUUCAUAAAUAUUUUAAUGUAUUUACCUUUGUUCUCAAAGUUUGUGUGACUCCGCUUACAGUCCCAAGAUCAAGAAACGGGAGAUUUGUGAGUUAACUGACUGUAGAUUAUCCAGGAAACUGUUGCAUUUCAUUGCAGAUCAAGCUUCGUUCACCCUGUUAAGGGAAAAUUUAGUGAUUUUUCGUUUGAUUUGGAGAAAAAUUCUUUAUUUUCGGCGUUCUUAAUUCAUUUGAGGUUCUUUCAUUGUGAUGUUUUGAAAAGAUAAAAAAAAAAACAGCCACAGUACUACUAGUUUUUGAAAGGUCUAGUAAUCAAUUUUGCUUCUUACUUGCCUUCAUUGGACACCUGCAUGUCGGCACUUAUAUUGACUAUUACUAUGAUUGAAACUUUAGAUAAAUAUAAUUAUUAAAAACUAGAUCAUUGGAUAAUGCAAUUCAAGACAUUUUAUUGGCUCAGCCAUAAUGGUAUAUCAGCCAGUAUACCAUAAUCCUCAAUUAUGGUAAGCGUACCUGUCAGCUUAGAAUUAAAAGGGAGCUAAAAAUUUAAUAAAAUUUAAUAAUUUAAUUUAACGUUUUUAAUAAAACAAUUAUUCCACUCGCGCUUGUUGGAUAUGAGAUGAUUGUAGUCAACUUGACGCUACGCUCCUCGUUGGCUAUCUAUCAUCUCAUAUCCAACGCGUGCUCGUGGAAUAAUUGUUAAAUAUCAAUGAUCUAAAAAUUGAUUCUCAUGGUAGUUGGCAGCAGAGUUUGUGCUCGUAAGUUCGCUUUCCUCUCGUAGGAUAUUUUCCACGUUACUCUUUUCCGAACUUAACACCAACGUCGCAUAGAGAAGCAUAAGGUUUAACUAAUUCAGCACUUUAUUUUCCUACGUUGCUUUACUUUAAUUAAGAUAAGAAUUUUUUUUAAUUUCAAAGCUGCGUGUUUAGUCUCUAUUCUCUUACUGCACAGAAUCGUGCUUCUUAGUGUAAUUUGUGCUAAUUUGUAAUUUGUAAUUGUGUAAUUUGUGUAAUUUCGCUUCUUAGUGUAAUUUGUGACUUUAUUCGAUUUCGUACUGCGAUUACGAACUUGAGUAGACUUAAGGUCAUGUAGAUUGUCGGCAUGAACUGAGAAUAUAGUUACUGUGGAACCAAA